AUGAUGCAAGGAGAAUCUAAGAAUAGUAACAUUUUCAUUGAUCAAGCCAUUGAACUUAUGAGAAAGAAUGUCUUUACAGCGCAGAAUGUGGAAGAUGAAUCAAAUACAAUUGUUUUCGGCGCUUUCGAAACGACGGCUAAUACAAUUGGAUACGUUCUUAUUUUGCUGGUGAUGUUCCCCGAAUAUCAACAGAAAGUCUACGAGGAACUGUUAACCAUAUUUCCAGAUGAAGGAGAUUUUGACGUGACCUAUGCAAAUAUUCAAGAAAUGACAUAUAUGGAUAUGGUUAUCAACGAAUAUAUGCGUGUACUGACACCAGUACCUUUCGUAGGACGUGAAAAUUCACACGAUAUCGAGCUAUCCAAUGGAAUAGUUGUGCCAGGUGGAGUACAAUUUCUUAUUAAUAUUUUCACCUUGCACAGGCGUAAGGAUUUAUGGGGUCCCAACGCUGACAUGUUUGAUCCCGACCACUUUUUACCAUGUAACAUGGAAGACAAACAUCCAUAUGCAUUUAUUCCCUUUACAAAGGGAAUUCGGAACAGUAUAGGAUGGAAAUAUGGGCUUAUGUCAACGAAAAUAACUUUGGCAAAGUUAUUAAGGAAUUUCAAGUUUUCCACGGAUUUCCAGUACGCCGAUUUGGAGUUUACUUAUUCAAUUGUGUUGAAGUUAAAGCAUAUUCCAGUUUUGCGAGUUGAAAUAGAUAAAUAUGGAUAA